CAAAAAGUUUCUUUUUUCCUAAUCUUAUUUACUCUACACCAAAGUACUAAAGCGAGGACAGCAAGCCUUUACGUUAAAACUCGAGUGGUGUCAUUUUUUGACUGACCUUUAUUUCUUUUGUCCAACGCGUACCUUUUUUCUUCAUUCUUACGGAAAUCACGUCGAAGGUCCACACACCCCACAAAAACACUUAACUCUUAUAUAAAAGCACACCAGCUCAUUUAAUCACUUCAAAUGAAGAAAAAUGGUUAUUGCCGACGAUCUCGACAAACUUCUCGAAGAGAAGUUUACCAGUUCUUUCCGGAAAGGCUACAUCGAAGUCAAUGGAUUCUCAUUCCCUAAACGCUACGAAGAGUUAAAAGAAGAAUUCGACAAUUUAGAAGUCAACGAGGAAGAUGUUUGGAUUUGCAGUUUCCCCAAAACAGGUACGACCUGGACACAAGAAAUGGUUUGGAUGAUCGUCAACAACAUGGAUUUCGAAGAGGGACAAGUGAAUUUGGGCCAUCGUUCCCCGUUUUUGGAAGUGUCCAUUGUUUUUGAUUUUCGUGACUUAUUGAAGAACGUCCCGAACUUCAAUCCUCCUCCGUUUCUUCAAGACUCUUUAGCUUUUGUGAGGAGUCAGAAGAGCCCAAUUUGCAUGAAGACGCACUUUCCUUAUCAGUGCCUUCCUACACAAAUUCAGAAUGGAGUUAAGAAACCUAAGAUGAUUUAUGUUGCUCGUGACCCUAAGGACACCUGCAUUUCUUACUACCACCACAGCAAGCUCAUGGAAGGUUUUAAAGGAAACUUUGAAGAAUUCUGCGAACUGUUCUUAGCAGGGAAAGUUAACUUUGGACCUUACUGGAAACACGUUUUAACUUACUGGGGUCUAAGAAAUUCUCCAAAUUUCCUUUUCCUAAAAUACGAAGAUAUGAAGAAGGAUUUAAGUAAAGUCAUUAGACAAGUGUCGGAAUUUUUGGAACGUCCUUUAAACGAAGAACAAGUGAAAAUUUUGACUAAACAUCUGAGUUUCGAAGAAAUGAAAAAGAAUCCUGCCGUCAACUAUGAACUGGUUUGUGAUUUGAACAAGAGGUUCAAGUUGACGGAAUACGAUGGGGUGUUCAUGCGGUCAGGGAGUGUAGGAGGACAUAAGGAUGUUAUGUCUCCAGAAAUGAUUAAACGUUUUGAUGAGUGGAUUAAGGAAAAUCUUGAAGGAUCAGAUUAUGUAAUCUGAUUCGACUUAAAAUAGAAAAUAACGUUGGUUUGUUAUUGUUUUAUUAACAAUUUCUAAGACAAA